GAGUGUGAAAUAUGCGACAAUUGCCGGCAUUGUGUGUAUUGUGUGUUGUGUUUCGUUAUCACUGAUUGUUUGAUACAUUGAUUUGCAUUUAAUUAACUGAUUUGACAAUAAUUAGUGACAAAUGAGUCAAAUAUCGUUAAGAGAUGUCAACAAAUGUGUGUCUGAAUCAAAAUCAAAGACAAAGAGUGAUUUGGAGCGAUGUUUACGAGGACUUAAUUUCGGUAAACUAUAUCUGAAGAACAAUGAUUUGGACACAGCUUUAAAAUAUGCCAACUCUUAUUUGAGUGUACGGCCCAACUCUAGUGAAGGACACAAACUAUUGGCACAAAUCUUUGAGGCCAUCGGUGACAAUGAAAAGGCACUCAUCAACUAUAGGAAAGCUUUAGAUCUUAAGAAAAAUGCUGAUAAUUAUCUACCAAUGAAUCACUUGACUGCCAAUGAUUCUUCAAUAGUGAUAAACAACAAAAGUGUUGACAACUAUUUCAAUACUAGUGUUACGACCACUCCUGAGAAGAGACAAAAUGAAUCAAAUGGUCACUCGUGUGGUGUUUGUACCAAUCAAUCACUUCUCAAUCAAAUGGCUAAACAACACGAAUCACUCAUUGAAUCAAAUAAACUGCUUAUGAAUUUAUUACAACAAAAUGAAAACAAAGUCAAUGAUAUUCAAAAACAAUUGGUCGGAAUAAAUGAAGUGAUAAUAAAAUUGACAGAUUCCCAAAAUUCAUUGAAAGAUACUAUUUAUGAAUACAUGAUUCAAGAAAACAAUGAAAACGAUGACGAAUAUGAUGACUAUAUAUCAGAUAAAGAGAAUGAAGUAAUAGAUUCGAGUUCUUUGUUGACAUCAAAUACCAGUCAAAUGGCAGAUCAAUGGCAAAGUCCUUCAUUUACUUUAAACUCAAGUUCUAAUAAUAAUAAGCCACUAUCAGAGUUGUUCAAACCAGCAACUGAUUCGUGGCAAUGCGAGGCAUGUUAUGUCCAAAACAAUGGCUCUUCUAUUAAAUGUAUUUCAUGUGAAACACUUAAACCCGGAUCUACUUUACCUAAAUCAACGCCAGAGCUUAAGACUAAUGUAUUUCAGUUACCGAAUGCACAGACUUUUGCAUUCAAGCCUUCAUUCACAAGCAGUACUACAAAUACUUUUAAAUUUAUGGAUUCAAGUGUGAGUUCAGUUAAUCCAAUCCAAUCAUCCAAUACUACAUUAUUUUCUAAUUUUUCAUUUGGAAAUACCACACAAACAAUAAGUACCGGUAAUUCAAAUUUUCCGUUUCAAUUAUCCAAUACUUUUGGUCAACAAAAUACUUUGAAAGAUAAUAAUACUGUUUCAUCGAAUUUAAAUGAUAACAAACCCGAUUCGUUUGGGUUUAGUUUGAGUCCUAGUUUUAGCUUUAAGUUAACUAAUGCUCAAAAAGAUGACAAAAUUGAGAAUCAAAUGACACCAGUCGUUAAUGAAGAAGAUAAUAGCUAUUCAGAGGUGGAGCCAUCAAAUGCUGAUAAUAUAUAUUUCCAACCCGUUGUACCACUUCCUCCAAAAGUUGAUAUCAAAACUGGAGAAGAAGAUGAAAAUAUUCUUUAUACGAGUCGUACUAAACUGUUUUGUUUUUGUGAUAAUGAAUGGAAAGAGCGUGGAAUCGGAGACAUAAAGAUUUUGCAGAAAAAACAAUUGAAUGGAAUUAGACUUCUUAUGAGACGCGAUACUGUUCUUAAGGUUUGUCUCAAUCAAUCCAUUAAUAAAGAGAUGGAAUUUGAUUUAAAAAGUGAUAAGAAAUCUAUUACUUGGACUGCUAUUGAUUAUAGUGAAGAGACACCAAAUCCUCAAUUAUUUUUAUUACGUUUUAAAAAUUCUGAAAUUACUGAACAGUUUCUUCAGGCAUUCAAAAAUGCAAAGACAUUGCUUAGCCAUUCAAUAUCUAGUGAUAACAAAUCUAUCAAUAAUUUCAAUCAUAAUGAAAAUGUUAAACAGUUAACCGUUAAUAACUUGUCGGACAGUCAAUUAUCACAAAACAAAGACAUUGAAAUUAUUUAUAUACGAAAACCUCAAAAUGCAGAGAUUAUAAGGAAAGUUAAUGAAUUGAAACUUCCGAUUAAUUUUUAUGAUUACGAAAAUCUUGCCGAUUGUCCGGGUUGUAGAGGUUGUCGAGAUAAUGAUACUUUGAGUGAAACCAGAUCUAAACAAAUUAAUGAUCUAAAGUUUGAUGGCUUACAAUUGACUUCAGACAAUCUCUUUAGUUCAACACUUUCUUCGACUAAUGUUAUUCCAACCGAUUGGAAGAUCUGUAGUCCUCAGCAACAAACGUGGAUCACAUCAACUCCUGUCCCUCUCUUCUCAAAUAAUGAUAUUAAUGCUGAGGAUAACGAAGUGGCUAACAAUCCGGAUAUUUAUUUUAAACCAAUAAUUCCUUUGCCUGAUUUGGUCGAAGUUCAGACUGGAGAAGAAGAUGAAGAGCAAAUUUAUUGUCAAAGAGCUAAACUCUAUCGAUUUGAUCCAAAUCUUAAAGAAUGGAAAGAACGAGGAAUUGGUGACUUAAAGAUAUUAAAACAUAAUACUAAAAAUCGAUAUCGAAUUAUUCUUAGAAGAGAUCAAAUUCUUAAGAUUGCGUGUAAUCAUUACAUUACAGCGGAUAUGACAUUAAAGCCAAUGAAUACAAGUGAAACAUCAAUGUGUUGGUAUGCCAUGGAUUAUAGUGAUGGUCAACCUGAACAACACCAGUUUGCAAUCAAACUUAAAAACAAAGAGUUAAUCACACAAUUCGUUAAAGUAUUUAAUGAAUGCAAAAAUAAUUUGCAAAAUGAUGGGACAGUUAGCUUUAGCUCAGACAAUGAAAACAAUACUACUGCUGAAGAUUAAUGCGAUUCAAGUUUUUACGGAUUGUUUGAUAUUUCAAUUGAUUUUUGUUUUCAAUUUUAAUUUUGUAUA